CCCCCCGGAGCCGCCACUUGGUUGCGUCCUCCUCCCCACUCUGUAUAUAUAAGGCGCGGCGCGCGGCAGCCAGUACCGUGCAGGGAGCGGGGGUGAUCGCUGACACAGGCUGCACCAUGAAGACCAUCAUUGCUGCCUACUCCGGGCUGCUGCGGGGCACCGGCUCCAGCAUCUUCUCCACCGUACAGAAUCUGCCCUCCAUCCCCUGGCUGUCCAAGUCGCAGGUGGAAAGACAUCUCCAGAUCAUUUCCGUGUUACAAUGGGUCCUCAGCUUCCUUGCGAUGGGUGUGGCCUGCACUGUGAUCCUCCUCUACAUCUUCUGCACCGACUGCUGGCUCAUCGCUGCCUUAUAUCUGGCCUGGCUGGUGUUCGACUGGAAUACACCCAAUAAAGGUGGCAGACGUUCCACGUGGGUGAGGAACUGGGCCAUGUGGCGCUACUUCCGGGAUUAUUUUCCUAUACGGCUGGUGAAAACCCACAACCUCCUGCCCAGCCGCAACUACAUCUUUGGCUACCACCCCCACGGGAUCAUGUGUCUGGGGGCCUUCUGCAACUUUGGCACUGAAGCCACCGGUGUCUCCAAAAAGUUCCCCGGUAUUAAGCCGUACCUGGCCACUCUGGCAGGCAACUUCAGAAUGCCGGUUCUGAGGGACUACCUAAUGUCUGGAGGAAUCUGCCCUGUGAACCGUCCCACUAUAGACUACAUCCUGUCAAAGAAUGGAACUGGAAAUGCUGUGGUGAUAGUGGUGGGGGGCGCCGCUGAGUCCCUGGACUGCCGACCGGGUAAAAACUCCGUAACUCUAAAGCAGAGGAAAGGAUUUGUGAAGAUCGCAUUACAGCAUGGGGCUGAUCUUGUCCCAGUCUAUUCUUUCGGGGAGAAUGAAUCCUACAAGCAAGUUGUGUUUGAAGAAGGUUCUUGGGGUCGAUGGAUACAGAGAAAGUUCCAGAAAUAUGUGGGGUUUGCCCCAUGCGUCUUCCACGGCUGUGGGUUCUUCUCCGCAGACAGCUGGGGCUUGGUGCCCUAUCCCAAGCCCAUCAACACUGUGGUUGGAGAACCAAUCACCGUCCCUAAAAUGGAGCACCCGAGCCAGAAGGAUGUGGACCUCUACCACAGCAUGUACCAGACCUCUCUACAGAAUCUCUUUGAUAAGUACAAGACCAAGUUUGGCUUGUUGGAGUCCGAUGUGCUGGAAAUCAAUUGAAGCUGCUCAAGACCACGGCUUGGACAAUGUACUUUUGGAAAGAAGCUUAUCUGGAAUGCAACGACAAGCUGUUCCCGAGCCAUCCAAAUGAGCUUUGUCAGUGACUAAGCUCUAAUGUGUUGUCCGUUUAGACUUUUACCUGAUAACGCAGCUCUCAUUUCCUGGUAAUGACUGCAUCUGCUCCUAUGACUUCUAUUGGCACUUAUUCUUGCAGUCAUUUAUACAUGAUGGAUGGUUCUGGAACAAUUGGUGAGAAUGAACAGUCUUUAUCUAAGGAUCUCCUACCAUUUUCUUCUGUAGCACCCAAUUGUAGGCUCCUGUACUGUAGAAGACCUAGACGUUGGGUCACGUCCGGAGAUGUCUACCAGUGCUCCUCACCAUUGGGCAGCAAGAUGCCCAAUAAGACUGUUCCCUAAUCUUUAGGCUACAGUUUUAUGUUAGAGAAGGUCUAUCAUGGUAGAACCAGGACACUGGUUGACCAGUAGGCACCUUGUGACCAAUGUAUUUGUAAAGGGUAUUUCCUACGAAUAGUUGAUGUAUCCAUUAGACUGUAGCCAUUUAUUACUUUCAGUAUUGUUUAAUAUGUGCCCAACUCUAGUACUUCAGUAUGAAAGGACCACUUGCCCAGUGCAAAUGUUAGUACCCAGUUGGCGAAUUGACGGACUGACAAUUGGUUUCCCAUGUUUUUUGACACUUGGUAGAGACGGUCACAUGAUAAACUGGCUGUGACAUCAACAUUGACAGUUAUGUCAUUCAUACAAGCGAUAUCACCGAUGCCAGAUCUCAGGAGACCAAGGCAGUCUCUGCUUUGACUAUAAAACGAUACUAGGCUUGGAAGCCUCCAUCAUACCAAUUCUUUUGAGAAGGAAGCAGGACAGUGGUGUCAAUUGAUUGAGUUCCUCUACAACAGCGUUUCUCAACAAGGGUGCCCUUGGCUGUUGCAAAACUACAAUUCCCAGCAUGCCUGGACUGCCAAAGGCUGCUCUUUAACAUUUUUUAUGAUAAGUGGCCUAAUACUAGGACCAUCUUAUGGGCCCUAACUGAUGGCCAUUGGUUCCAUUCCUUGGUCCAGUGUGGUGGCCAUUGGUUCCCUCUCAGUCCAGUGUGAUGACUUUUUGGUUUCCACCCUUGGUCCCAUGUGGUGGCCUUUUCUUCUCAUUCUUGAACCAAAGGUCACCACGCGGGACUAAGGUCGGAAACCAAAGGUCACCAUGUGACUAAAUGCAAGAAGGUCUCCACAAAAGCCCAUGUAGUGGCUUUGGUUUCCCUUCCUUUGUUCCUGUCCUUGGUCCCGUGUGGUGGCCUUUGGUUCCUGUCCUUGGACCCGUGUGGUGGCCUUUUCAUGUCAUUCUUGGAAGAGCAGGAACCAAAGGCUACCACACAGGAACAAGGUUAGAAACCAAAGAUCACAUGGGACAAAAAGCAGGAAACAAAGGUCUCCACAAAGGACCAUGUGGUAGCUUUGGUUUCCCUUCCUUGGUCCCGUGUGGUGGCCUCUGGUUCCUUUCACCAUUUCUCAGUUAGAACUCAAGGCCUUGUAACUUUGAGACUCAGUCGGGAGAAGAAUACUCUAAAACUCAUAUGUAUGUCCAGUAUCUCUUUAUAUUUGGGAAAAGCCUUUACUCUUCAAGUCAAAGCAUUUUUUUUCUUUGACCCUUUUUCUGAUUGGCACCAAUAUUCAAAACCACUGACCUGAGUUGGCACAUUGUAAACCUCAGCACAAGGAGUUAGACUCCCUUUUUUUUUUUUUUUUUUUUUUUCCCCUCUUAGCACAAGCAAUGCAAGUUGGUAGCAAACCCCCCCCCCCCCCCUUUUUUUGGGAUGGGGAGGUUUAAGAACCAAAUAUUAAAAAAAUAAUUUUGGUAGGUGACGCCGGGUUCACACUAGCCAAAGUCUAAUCUAGGCUAUUUUAGCUCAUUGAAGUGACUGACUGAAAUCCAAUCUUUUUUUUUUUCAGCUGGUGGGCUCCCCAACUUCUGCUAAACUACACCCAGCUGCAGACUGUCAGGGCAUGCUGGUAGUUGUAGUUUGCAAAUGCUGGGGAGCCAUUGGUUGCCAGUUCUGGUAUGAGUAGCACAGGUAGAUGGACAAAACUGGUUCCGAAGGUUUUUUAACUCUGUUCUUGAUAAAGGACUUAAAAUCCUAAUGCAUCUUUGUACCAUGUUUGUGCCCCAAAGAGGCGUCAUGUUGGCGCCCGGCGCUGUGUGGACCCGGCCAUAGAAACGUCCUGCCCACCAUUCAGCUAUAAGAAUGUAUGUAAGCAGCUGAACUGUAACCUCUGUAUCAGUAUAUAUUGGGAAGUGCAAUCUUAUUUUUAGCUGUACGAUUGUAGAUCUUGUUCAUUUUAAUCAUUGAGAUGAUGUUGCAUUACUACAACUCUCUUGACGAUGGGAGUUGUAGUUCUACAACGAUAGAAAGCUAAAGGUUGGAAAUACACUGGGAUACAGUGAUCUGAGAAUGUCGGACUCAUCUGUGCUUAUUUAAUGUGCCUUGAUCUGUUCUAGAUUGUAGUAUUUUUAGGACUUGUUCUCGGAUCUGCUUUGCUGUAAUAUAUUGCAUCAAUGUAUUUUAUUUUUGUACAAGAUGUAAGUAAAUAUAAGAUCAUGCAA